AAGCAACUCAUUCAUCAAAAGGAUCAUUCUUAUUUAACUGUGGGUGCUAGAUAGAACUGAGCGUGAAAAUGCUUGUAAAAAGUGUAUAGCAUCUUAGGACUGCCAACUAGCCGAACAUUGCAAAUCGUUCAUUCAAGUUGUUUCAAUUUUAAUUUCGGCUAAUCUGGCUAAUCUAACUGGCAUGCAAUAUCUAGUGCCUAAUUCAGGAUGGAUGCAUAUUGUCGCACUUGUUCUGGAGUGGGUGACACUCGAGUGUUCAACCUGAGCACCGUGUCACAGAUCAGCAGUGUGCGAAUUGAAGACAUGCUAAUAUAUUGUACACAACUGGAGGUAACCCCAGAAGAUAAUUUGCCGCAGCAGAUUUGUUUCAACUGCUUCAUGUCACUGAACUCGGCAUUUGAGUUUCGCAAACUUUGCUACAAGUCAGAUAAUGCUUUUCGGGAAACACUUCAAACCACUCUACAGGAAAUGGAAAUUGUUCCGAAAUUAGAUGUAAAUCAAAUAACGGAUCAAUGCCCAGCAGGUGUAAUGAUCAAACAAGAAUGCCUGGAACUGGAUGAGUUUACCAUAUCCAUUAUAGGCGACAUUGAAAACUGUUCGGACUCGAAUGAUUUUCCCACACACGAUCAGAUGCAAAAUGAAGCUAGGAAAAAAUACUCGUGCGAAAAAUGUGACUUUACCACUGAUUCAGCAAAUAUAUUUAAAAGGCAUAAAAAUCGAAAGCACCCUGUUCAGAUCAGGAAGACUGACAAUGUUGGUCCGGAUAGCUUAAAAGCAUGCUCUCAAGUAAAAAGAAUGCGUACUAUAUACAAAUGUGGAGAAUGCUUCUUCCAGAACUACUCCGUCACUAAACUUAGAAUCCACCAGGCCAGUAAAGGCCACACAAAGUUAACAACAUAUCGAGGAGUUUUGCCUUUGAGAAGAUUUGAUGAAAGAAAGGCUUACACAUGUCCCCAUUGUGGAGCCCGAUUCGGCUAUAAGGAAAAUGUGAACAAACAUAUCCAGGUAGCAUGUCGAGCAUUUCACAACAAUGCGCUCAAAAUUGAAGAAUCCGCAAUAAGAAAUGAUCAACUUGCGUCCUCGAUCAAAACUCCUGAUGAGAUAAAGUUUCGCAUCGAAUAUCGCUGCUCAAAGUGCAAACAAUCAUUCGUCGCUAGAUCGGCUUAUGUUCGUCACAAGAAGCAGAAUGAAUGUCCCUCAGCAUCAUCCAAGAAGCAGGACAAUUUAUUGCCUUAUAGGUGUGAUUUUUGCAACUAUAAAAGUUCUAGAAGGUUAAACCUGUACAGACAUCAGAUCGCACGGUGCAAAGAAGGGGUCUACCUGGAUGAAACAUUGGAACCGCAGAAUAUCUUAGGUGAUACCUUAACGAAGGUGUACAGCGAUUCGAAAGCCAUUGAGGGGUUGAAAUUAGAAUCUGGUGAGCCAAUCUUUCCCACCGAAUACCUAACGGAUGAGUACGACAAUAUCGGUACCUAUCGUCCGCCGAUCAAGCUGAUAGACUCCGUUGAAGAGUUUCAAUACUUUCUCGUAAUUAAAAUGCGAGGUUUACGUUGCUGUGCUUGUAGCGUGUUCUUCCUAGAUAAAGCGUCUCUCGACGAACAUCGGCGGACAGUGCAUCUUUCGUCGGUCUGCAAAACUUUUAACGAAACAACUCAAAUUUGUGAAAAUUGCCGUUUACCCUUCUACCGAUCGGAUGGUUUCAACUAUCACAGACAGUUGGAGCUGAUUAAUCGAUUACUAUUUUGCACCACUUGUGAAGUGAUGGUGAUCGGAAACACCGCAUGGCUGGCCCACUGCAACACUCACCACGGCAAGAGAAACCUCGAUGACAGCUACGAGAAAGUGUUCAUCGGGGAGAAAUUUCGAUGCUGUAACUGUUACGUCCUGAAGGCUACUUUGGAAGCACUGGAGUCGCACCAAAUGGAGGAGCAUUUCCCGGAACGACUGAAAGAUCAAGGAGCAGUCGAAUACGAGUGCGACAAGUGUUUUAGACCGUUCGCUACAAUUGACCAAUGGGAGCGGCAUAUGGAAGUUAGGACGGCAAAGAAAUUUUACCGGUGCGGAAUAUGUCAUAUGGAGUUUUUACUGGAAAAAGAUGCCAUCGCUCAUCAGGACUCAAAUGAUAAAUGUAAGGUGGUAUCUAAAAAAAACUUGUAGGAUAUGCUUGUUCGCUCAUAUUGCACGAGUUCUGAAAUGUGUGCCUACCUACUCCUACUAGGUAUUGAAAAUCUUAGAAACUAUCGCGUCUGAGUUGAAAAUAAAUACAUGGCUUUUAAA